AUGAUACUAUUUUAUCUGAUUAACUAAAAUAAUUACAAGAUUAUAAUUAAUAGUUAUUAUAAACAAAUUAAAUUUUAAUUAAUUCAAAUUUAAUCCAUUAACAACAAAUAGAAAAAAUAUAAUAAGAAAUAAAUUAUUUUAGUGAAUAUCAGAAAACUUAUUAAAAAAAAAAAUUGUAAAAAAUCCCUACAUUAAAUUUAAGAUAAAAGGUUUCUAUAAAUUUAAGUUAAAUACCAAAAAAGCACUAAAAUAUAUUAAGUAAUUCAAACGAUAAUACAAAAGAAAACAAAAAGUUAAAUCUGUUCAAAUCUAGAGAAUUAAAUGAUUUAAAAACAUGCAAAUAAUAUUUAAAAUACGUAUAUGAAUAGCUAAAUAAAAUUUCAUAGUUUUCGUUUUCUAGAAAAACAAUACUUAAAUAUGAUUAAUUAGGUGGAUGUGGAUAUUAACCUUUUAGAAAAGAAUACAAAGAAAUUAGAAGUAUUUCUAAUGAAACCGAAUAUUAUCGAAAUUCAAUGA